AUGGCCUUCCGGAAGCAACGCACGAAGUGGGCGUGUCAGCAUUAUGGCUCGGGGGCCCGAACGCCCUUGAAUCCACCGUCUUCAGAAGAACUGCAGUAUAUAUGGGUGAGCGAUGACCUUCAACUCGUUUACUGUGAGGUGCCAAAAGCAGCAAGUUCUUUGUGGAAAAUGCUGAUAUUGAAAGCUAAAGGAUAUCCCAUAAAAUCGUCGGAAUCAGUACACAUGAUCGACUUUCCCCAGAACCUACGUCGCCUUGACACUUACUCCAGUUCAGAAAUAGAAAACAUAUUAAAUCAUUAUCUGAAGUUCCUGAUUUUGCGUCACCCAGCUGACCGACUGGUGUCUGCAUACAGGGAUAAGAUCAAAUUCUGGAAGCCUCAGAACCCAAGGGCGUUGUCAAGGGUGGGGAAUUACGUCAAUCAACUAAAAGGUCUGCCCCCAUUUUACCCCACAGACAUACCAGAGGACGACACGCAGCUGUAUUAUUACCUGAAACGCAAGAUAAAUUCGGGGGCGGAGCUAUGGGAUACAAUGACAAGUCUCCGCCCAUCAAAUGUCACAUUUCGCGAUUUCGUCCGGUAUGUAGCGGAUCACUCGGAUGCACCGGAUAAACACUGGGCUCCGAUUCAUCGACAGUGCCACCCCUGUUACAUUAAUUAUGACAUCAUUUCUUACUAUGAAACAAUGAAGGAGGACGGGGCCAACAUCCUCAAACUUGUACAGCACGAUACCGACUUACGCAUUAAAGAGAAGACGCAAUCUUCCUGUCCGAAAUGUUUGAGAACUUCUAAAAUGUUUGAGAGGAUUUAUGAGCCGGAAAUGGGGAAAAUAAAACAGAUGUAUCAGCUGGACUGGGCAAUGGCUCUAGGAGAAACCGACUUUCUGAAAUCUCCGUGA